AUGUCAAUCACCGUCAGGAGGCAGAACACGUCGAAGGUCGUCAUGUCGGCAGAACGGCGCACACCGCAGAGGAAACAGGGUGUUGGAAGGGUGGACGAGAGAGAGAAAAAGAGGGAGAGCGCAGGUGUGAGGAUUGGCAGAUUCGAGGAAGGUGAGAGUUGGGACGGGCGAUCAGGACAGGAUCCUACGCCCGCACACAUCGUCACUCCAGUGGAAGCCAGCAUCCAAUAUGCCGCGAGGCAGUCAUUGAAAGUGCCUGGCUCCUGCUCUAUUCACCUCCUCCGCCUGGUUCACCUCGGCCUCUUACAUCUCGCGCGCAAUAACCACCUCGCCUUCUUCGAAACCGACUCUAAGAGGGAAGAGGAGAAAGCUUACCGGGAGCGAACUUAG